GUUUAAACUCCUUAACCAGACUCUCUGCAAACUGCUGCCGGAGGGGACCAUCUCAGGGAGGCUUGCCAGGAGCGACUCAGAUCGCCUAGGAGUACAGUGUUUUCAGCGGCAUUUGGGAGCCCAUCUGGUGGCUUGCAGCAUAACUCAAGAGAAGAUCUAAGGCGCUGCUUGAUUUUCAGAGCUAGAUUUGCACAACGGCGCACAGCAUCGUCAAGUAAGACAUUAACCUGGUGGAUUUGGGCAGGUGCCUGUCAGUGGCCGCGAUCGGCUGCUCCUUGCUACCUUUCAGGCCGACCUCAGAAACAUUCUUGUUUCCGAUUGUGUUUAAUUGAGGGGGGUAGACUAAGGCUGUGUACGCAUUGCCAGCUUAAAAUGCCACAAGAUUGUUCUUUUUCCGCAUAAAAUUGUGGAACUGGAAGGGACUCAAAGGUGCAUCUAGUCCCACCCAGCCGCUGUGAGGGUGGUAAGGAUGUUACCUAUCAUUGUCAGCCUUAUUGAUAUAUCCCAUAAAUUCAUAGACUGUGGAAAUGUAGAGUUGGAAUAAUAAUGAUAACAAUAAUUUAUUAUUUAUACCCCGCCCAUCUGGCUGGGUUUCCCCAGCCACUCUGGGUGGCUCCCAGCAGAAUAUUAUUAUUAAUGAUAAGAAAGUGAUAAAACAUUGAUCAUUAAAAACUUCCCUAAAUAGGGCUGCCUACAGAUGUCUUCUAAAAGUCAGACAGUUGUUUAUUUCCUUGACAUCUGAUGGGAGGGUGCUCCACAGGGCGGGCGCCACUACCGAGAAGGCCAUCUGCCUGGUUCCCUGCAAUCUCACUUCUCACAGUGAGGGAACCACCAAAAGGCCCUUGGAUCUGGACCUCAGUGUCCAGACUGAAUGAUAAAGGUGAAGACACUUCUUCAGGUAUACUGGGACCCUGAGGGUCAUUUAGUUCAACCCCCUGAAAAGCACAUUUUUGCAAAGAAAUUCUUCCUCACUAUAAUGCGUUCCUCUGCCCCCCCCAUUAUAUGCAUCUUUAUGCACGCUUUACCCAAGCAAGUAUAUGGUUGCAUAUAUAGGGAGAACUGUGCUACAAAAUUUGGAGAGCCGUGAAUUUUGAAGGAGUGCGGGGUUUCUACUCUGAUAUCAUUUUGCAAAUCAGGGAACUUUGCCUUUAAGUGCAAACUGAAUCAAAUCCCUACCAGCAGUCAACUUAGUUGAUGUUUGUCUGCACCAGCCUCUUUGGAAUCACAGGGAGUUGCGUGAGAUUGCGGCUGUUUUUUCCCUGCUUUGCAAACCAUUUUGAGCAGCCUUCCCCACCUUGGCACAGCUGUUUGAUGUUGUUUGGUGUUGGUGGGAGUGCAGCUGCCCUUGCUGGAGCUGAUGGGAGUCCAGAACAUCUGGAAGGGCACCAGGUUGGGGAAGGUUGUCUUUGAGGGUGUGCACAGCAGGGUUUGGUCCGAGGCUGGUUCUCCGCUUGAACAAUCUCAUCUUUGGUGCCACAUGGGGGAAGUCGUAAAAAGUUACUCAUUAACAUCUCCAUUAUUUACCUAGAAUGUUGAACCUCCUUGCAGGUGCAUAACAUUCUCCUUUGGGUGGGUGGGGAGGAUGGAUGCCUGAACCCUUGCUUUAUCCUUGUGGGGAAGGCAGGCAGGCAGGCAGGCGGGCAAGCGAUCCUGUGUCCUGAACAACCUGGCAGAAAUAUUUAGCAUCCAGAAAGGGUGGGGAAGGCGGUGUGCUUCAGCAGUCAGGUGGGGCUUUGUGUCACUGUGUGUUUUGCAAGAUUCACACACUCUCUUGGAUACAGGGCGUACACUGGCAUGUUGAGAUAAGCCGGGAGGGGGGACCUGCACGGUCACCAAGCCAAACAUGAACACAGUGGCCUGCAGGGAUGUCUCUUGCCAGACGCAGCAGGGAAGGUAUGUAGCUGUGCCAGACAGCAGCUCCUGCAAUUUAGAGGGGAAGGGGACAGGAGCCCAUCGUGGUGCAAAGAGCCAGACUUUUGCCAGAGUUGGGGUGGGGCAGUAAAUUUAAGGAGCGGUGGUGGCUUUGCUCCAGACCUCGGUCGCCUGGCCAGGACAGGAGUUAAGCCAAGAAAGGAGUUACUGGUAAUUUAUUUCAUGAAAUGUAUUCAUCGCUGGAUUGAAAAGAAAAAAAAAGGAAACUAAAAGAGAGAGAGAAAGAUAAAGCAAGACAGUAUCCACAAGAAAAAUUAACAUUAAGGAUUUAAAACUUUCAGAAAGUUAAAAUAACAAUAGGCUGAAAACGUUUGAGCUAAACAAGAAGGUUUUUAGCAGGUAUUGAAGAGAGGACAGUGAAGGCAACUACCUGAUAUCAAAAGGCAGGGAGUUCCACAGUCUAGGUACUGCCACAUUUCAGUUGCAGUCUCCUGUCGGUGUGAUAAGGGGGUUGUCUCACUCCUUAUACAGGCAUCCCACCCCCUUACGUGCGAUCGAUUCAUGUGCGAUCGUGUAUAUGCAGGGUGCCGGGAAAUAGAUAAUUUAAUUCAAACUGGGAAUGGCAGGAGAGAGCUGGAGAGUCCUCAUGGCUUGCAAGGAGACCCUUCCCAGAGCCUGAAGAGGACAUCAAUGAGGGCGGACGAAGCCCUGAAGAGACCUGAGGUGCAGCGGAGCUUUGUUUAGGCUGCUCAGCUUCCCCGCCUAGUAGCUGAUGUCCGGGGUAGCGCAGCAGCAUUGGCUGCUUUCCCAUGCAUCCUCCAGCCUCCUGCCGGCACCGGAGCUCUAAUUCUAGUUAUGGAUAUUUUUGGAUACAGUAUUUUUGGUUACGGAUUGGAGAGAGAUCGGCAGAGAGGGCGCUCUCCACUUACACGAUUUCCGCUUAUGUGUGUGGGGGUCUAGAACGCAAUCCCCACAUAAGUGGGGGGAUGCUUGUAUAUCCAUCUGAUCGCUUCGCUCUGUGGAAGAGAGUCUCUUAACAGGGACUAUCUCACCGGGAAACCGUGUCUGUGGUGGCUCCUCACAGACCUCUAGCCCAAUGGUUGCCAUUAAUUUGAUUUGAACUGAUUUUAUAAUGAACUGAUUUUAGAAUGCUGUAUUAUUUUACUGUUGUUAGCCGCUCUGAGCCCGGCUUUGGCUGGGGAGGGCGGGAUAUAAAUAAAAUGUUGUUGUUGUUGUUGUUGUUGUUGUUAUUAUUAUUUUGGGGCUCCCUCCUGGUGUAUAUCCAACAGGGUCCAUUUUUAAUGUCCUUUUUGCACCUGGUAAAGAUGUUCCUCUUUCAAUGAACCAUGUGAGCCAGUGUGGUGUAGUGGUUAAGAGCAAUGGAUUCAUAAUCUGGGGAACCGGGUUCGCGUCUCCGCUCCUCCACAUGCAGCUGCUGGGUGACCUUGGGCCAGUCACACUUCUCUGAAGUCUCUCAGCCCCACUCACCUCACAGAGUGUUUCUUGUGGGGGAGGAAGGGAAAGGAGAAUGUUAGCCGCUUUGAAACUCCUUAGGGUAGUGAUAAAGCGGGAUAUCAAAUCCAAACUCUUCUUCUUCUUCUUCAUUUAAGUGGAUUUUUAAAAUAAAGAAAACCCUCUCUCUGUAUUUGUAUUGGUCUUAAAAUUGUUAUAUAUAAAAUCAUUUCAACAGUCCAAGUUCACGGUGUUGCUAUUAGUAUAUCAGCCCUUAACAACGUUGGACCAGUUUACCUAUGAGAUCACCUUACACCCACUUGACCACUAGUGGAACUAGCUCUGUUACGUGUGCUAUAUAAUACCUGUUCCACAUUUGUAAGAACUUAGUAUUUGCUGCAGCACCUCCCUGCCUGUUGAUAUCAGGUUAGUCAUCACUGUCCUGCUAAAAACGCUUUUGUUCAGGCAAGCUGACCCAGAUGCUUAGAAAGUCGAUGUGAGUUUUAAUCUGUUUUUAGUCUAACUUUCUGAAACUCUUUAGUUUAAUUAGAGAUAAUUUUACUGUAUCUUUUUCACAAACCGCUUUUAGGAUUUAUUUCUCUUUUCUUUAUUUUACAAUCAAGCGGUUUAUAACUUGUACAAAAUACAAUCGUACCUUGGAAGUCGAAUGGAAUCUGUUCCAGAAGCCCGUUCGACUUCUAAAAUGUUCGGAAGCCGAAGCGCAGCUUCUGAUUGGCUGCAGGAAGCUCCUGCAGCCAAUUGGAAGCUGACAAAGCUUCCGGCGGAUGUUCGGCUUUCAAAAAUAGUUUGCAAACCGGAACAGACACUUCCGGGUUUGCGGCAUUCGGGAGCCAAAACGUUCGAGAACUAAGCUGUUUGAAAUCCAAGGUACGACUGUAAUAAAAUGAAGAGAACAUGAAAUAAAUAUUAAUGCUGACCUGCUUUCCUGGCUUGAAGUGGGAUUGAGAUGCACUUUGAAAUUGGCUGCCAAAAUACUGGCAUCUGCUUAGGCUCAGGCUAUUCAGGAAAUUCUUGACUGGCCACACUUACAAGAAGAGAGGUGGGGUAAAUGGGUGCAGGUGGCCAUUAUAGAAAAUGGGGGCGGGAGGAAGUGGGUUAAAAGAAAUAAAAGAGGUGAAGGAUAAUAGCAGGCUGAGAAAAGGUGUGGCCAAGUUAUGCAUUUUGUGGAUUCUUCCUGCAGUGAAUCAACACCUCCCUUUUUAAACAGUCCUCUUCUGCAAGGAAUUUCUCAUUGCCUAGGGAGAGUUCAAUGCAGACUUCAAGGGCUCAUCCUGGCUGCGUUUUGGUCACUGCAUGUGAGAGAGAAGAGAGACUCUUAGCAACCUGGGGUAGUAGCUUGCCAGGCAGUGAGCUAGAACCAGAGGAAUCAAUUUCUACAGCAAAUCGCAGCUCAUGUGCUACAGAAAUUCAGGGUAGGUAAGAAGGUUGAGCUAGGUUUCCACUUAUGGAAAUUUUGGGCAGGCAAGAAGAAGAGAUGGGGGGUGGGUUGGUAUUUUCCACAUGCUUUUUACAGCUAGUUCUUGGGAGUCACCAUCCAGCCCUCAAGAUACAGCUUUGAGGUCAUUUUCUUCUUUAAAAAUGGGCUUCCUCUUGAGUUGAUCCCAGCCAAUCAGGAAUCCUGUUGGGAAUGGAAUGCCACAAAGCUAGCACAGAGCAAGGGCAGUUUUUCCUGCCCUUAUUCUGAGCAGCCUUUUUUACCCAGUUUUUCUGGCUCUUCUCUAAAAAUCAAUCUAAGGAGAGGUGGGUGGGAAACGCAUUUUGCACCGGCUGUUUUGAUUUGAUUGUUUCUGCAUCUUGUGCACCUGGCAGUGCUUCCAUUCUGCUGCAGUUCAUCUUCUACCAAAAAGACAUUAGUAUGUCUGCUGCGGCAAAAUUAUGUAACUUCAGCUCCCUUUUCUAUUUUUGUCGGAAUUCUCCGACAUCUGCGCUGUGACUGAGGGCACGUAUUUGUAUCUCUAAAGAGGCCUGGCUCCGUAAUGUCAGGAUAUACAGUGGUACCUCAGGUUAAGUACUUAAUUCGUUCCGGAGGUCUGUUCUUAACCUGAAACUGUUCUUAACCUGAAGCACACUUUAGCUAAUGGGGUCUCCUGCUGCUGCUGCGCCGCUGGAGCACGAUUUCUGUUCCCAUCCUGAAGCAAAGUUCUUAACCUAAGGUAAUAUUUCUGGGUUAGCGGAGGCUGUAACCUGAAGUGUAUGUAACCUGAAGCGUAUGUAACCCGUACAUGUACCACUGUAUAACCCCAUCUGAACGCCUCCCACAACAUAGGUGAGUGGUGAGAAGUGAAAAAAGAUUGGUUUGAGAUAGGGUGUUUUAUUGUUUUCCUUUGUAAAUAAGGACUCGGGAUUCCCAGGCUCUCACAAUCCCGAACGCCUCAUUUUGGAGAGGUUAUACAGUGAAGGCUUGACAUCAAUAGGCAGGGAGUUCCAAAGUGUAGGUGAUGCCACACUACAAGUUUAAGUUCUUACAGCUGUGGAAAUGGGUAUUAGGUGGCACCCAUAAAAGUGCCAGUUCCGCAGAUUGAAUCGGCAACCAGUGCAGUUCUCUAAGAACCACACAGAACUGUCAGUGACUCUUCUGAGAUACCGUAAUAUAAUACUUUGCUGUGAUCUGACCUGACUCUGCACUUUGUACGCUAAAGCCCGUGUCUGUAACUAGAUUCUGUUACAUAGGUUGACUUGAAGUUCAUAAAAAACCUGAAACUGUUCUUAACCUGAAGCACCACUUUAGCUAAUGGGGUCUCCUGCUGCUGCCGCGCCGCUGGAGCACGAUUUCUGUUCUCAUCCUGAAGCAAAGUUCUUAACCUGAAGCACUAUUUCUGGGUUAGCAGAUUCUGUAACCUGAAGCGUAUGUAACCUGAAGCGUAUGUAACCCGAGGUACCACUGUACAUACAAACAGAAUUCUGUGACCUGAGAGCAUGUGUUUGUAUCUUCUGUGUAAAGCCAUGCCUUCAGCCUGUGAGUGUUCAUGGAGCUCCACUCCCUGAAUCUAAGCCUGAGGAGAAGCUGCCAUGUUUGCAAAGGGUCAAAAUAUGGAGUCCAGAAAUUCUCUGGGGCUGCGUGCAGAUUGUGUUUGGUACAAAUUGCAAUGUGUUGGUUGGGGAGAACCACCCAGUAGCUUGAACCCUCUCCUUAAGUAGUGGGGCUGCUGCCACUUGAGUUUUAUGCCUGGGGAAGUGACUUGGGGGGGGGCACCAAUCCUAACCCUCAUUGGUUCCUGUACACUUGCUGAGGCCCAUCUCUCGAUCAUUUUCAUUCCUAUAUCAACCUCGUGUGCUGUCUCUUUCCUUUAAAAACGCCCCCAGGUAUCCGUGACAAGUCUGAACGGAGGCGCCGAUGAAGACUUAAUCCAACCUGCCUGUCUCUCAGGUGGGAAAGUUCUUCCCAGAGGAAAACUCUCCGCCCAGAUCAGCUCGUGACCAUGAACACCAUCCUGAGUUUGAAGCUUCCCCGGCUGCUCAACACCGACCAGGUUCCCAAAGUGAGUAAAGGGGGUCUUUGCAACAUGGGUCUCAUGCAAGGCGAAUGCCACCCUGGGUAAGGCAGUGUGGCAUAAUAGUGUGACUAAGGAACGCGGGUGGCGCUGUGGGUUAAACCACAGAGCCCAGGACUUGCCUAUCAGAAGAUUGGUGGUUCGAAUCCCUGUGACGGGGUGAGUUCCCGCUGCUCGGUCCCUGCUCCUGCCAACCUAGCAGUUUGAAAGCGCGUCAAAGUGCAAGUAGAUAAAUAGGUACCGCUCCGGCAGGAAGGUAAACGGCAUUUCUGUGCGCUGCUCUGGUUCGCCAGAAGCGGCUUAGUCAUGCUGGCCACAUGAACCGGAAGCUGUACGCCGGCUCCCUUGGCCAGUAAAGUGAGAUGAGCGCCGCAACCCCAGAGUCGGUCACGACUGGACCUAAUGGUCAGGGGUCCCUUUUCCCUCUACCUUUUUGACCUGGGAGACCAGGGUUCGAAACCCCUCGCUCGGCCCUGAAGUUUGCUGGGUGUGACCUCAGGCCAAUCACUGCCAGUCUAAUUAUUAUUAUGAUAGUUUUUUAUUAGAAUUGACGAUGGUAAGUAAUAAUUAGAAUGUUGGGACUUCCAGGUUAGCGCCAUCGGCGAAUGGCGGAGUUCCUCCAACUGGAGGAACUGGCUCCGUGGAAACUGGGUCUUCCCGCCGCGGCGAAGGUGGGGACCCGCUAGAAAUCCCAGGCGGAGGAAGCCUGGGAACGUGGGGUGCGGCAGGGCACCAGGAGCGCCUCCCCUACUCACGGGGAACCCCAUUUCGGGGUUCCGGAGUGAAGUGGGGUGAGCGGCGCGGUGCUGCGAACUGAUUGCUACUUUCACGGAGUGAAGCCGCACAGCCAUUGCCGGAGAGCGCUGACUUUUCCUGUGGACAAUUGGAUUUAAAACAAGUACCCGUGAGUAGAAACGGAAAAUUGGAUCAAGAAAUACCCUAAUUUGGCACCGAAGCGGGAAGGUUCAAACAGGAAGUCCGCCUUCCGCUUUUUGUACAUAGACUGAAGCAAAAACCUUGUAAGCUAAAUCCGGAAAGUCGUUAAAAAAGUCUAAAUUUCCUUCAUUUAUAACUACUAAAACCCCCUUGGAAGCAGGAGAAAAGGGGGGUGGAAUCUUUGUUUAAGCCUGCAGGAGAGGAAGUGAAGAAAGAUAAGCUUCCACCGUCUCAAACCUGGGAACGGGGGGUCAGAGACAGAAAUUGUUGGAGAGGUUCACUGACUGUGAAUGGAAUACUUUGACAGAUAGCUAAAGAAGAGAAAUAAACUGAUUCCAAUGUUGCCUUUUGCAUUCUAAAGAAACAAAAUAUCUGAAAAAUGAAAGUAAUUUUCCUUUGUUGGACUUGCCUUAAAAAGAUGGAUACAAAUAGAAAUUGUCUCCUCUAGAGGGAGCUUGUUAAAUUGUUGCUGCAGUCUACUUGAGGACUCUACAGCUGUGAGAUUAAGAUCGUGGGACCAGUCCUUUUGACCUCGAAAAAAAGGAGCUGGGAGGAAGUUUUGGUGCUUGCUUUAUGCAAGACAAGUGCUUUGUUGGAACAGAUGCAUGAGAAGAUGGAUCUGAUGAAUGAGAAAACGGAUUUGAUGACUGUUGUGGUCAAUAACUGUGGACAAACAGGGAAUAUUGAUACAGAAACCAUUCAGGGACCAACUCAGGAACCUGUAUUGAUGGGGCAAGUGCAGAAGAUAAUGGAGGAGGUUGUGGUUGCACCUCAAAUACUACAAAUGGAGAGAUCCGAGGCCCUGCAGGAGCAUAAGCCGCUGUCUUUGAAGAUUGAAGUUGGAGUGGGCCAGGGGGAGUCUGGAGCUGAGGAGGUUCUUAACUUCGGAGGGACUUUGAAAUAUGCUCUUAAAUAUUUUUUGGAUUACAUUGAUGACUGUGGGGAGUGGGACUGUGGGGAAUGGGCUGGUUUGAUGAAGGGAGAUGGAGAUAAUCUUGGGCUGGAACCUCCCAGAGACCUACUCCUCAAUGAGAAAGGAAAGAAAUUAAGAAAGAGACCAACAAAAGACAAGGAAAAGUGCAGGUAUAAACAAGAAGAAGAAGAUCUGCAGAAGGGACAUGGAAGAGACUUAAGAGCCUCGGAUAUAAGAUUACCGGGUUGAUGGACUAGAUGGAAUGGACAGUAAGGACUGACAUGACCCGAGACCAGGAAGAAGAGACGCUGGAUGAAGAUUGGAAGAAAAUUUCUAAAGAAAAAUUUUUAUUUAGGGAAUUAGCCUAAAAUUAAUGAAUAUUAGGGAAAAUGUUGGAAUGAAACUAUAUGGCUUUAGUAGAAAUGAUAUAAGGAGUUAUGUAUAAUUGAGUAUUAAGUUUCAAGCUCUAAGGUAUUUUACGGUAAGAUAAGGUUAAAUAAAUUAAGGUAAUUUGAAUAACAGAAUAUGGGGAAAGAUGGAAAGGAUUUGUUGAAUUGAUUAAUAGGUUAAAUUGUUAAGAUAAAUUAUUCAAUAAAAAUUGAGAAAGAUGGAAAGAAUUUGCUGAAAUAACUAAUUAAACUAGAAUACAAAAAGGGAGGUGCAAGGAGGUCAAUGAAACAAGCAAAUGGAAGUUAAAGAUAUGUAACAUGGGAUUUGUGUCUUUUUGUGUUCUUUUUUAUUUUUUUGCUGUAUUGCUGUAUUGGUUUUUAUGCUUUGUUUUCUUUUUUUCUUCUUUUUUAUGUACUGUAGUGUUGUUUCCUAUUUUUUCUUUUUUUCCUGUAAUUCUGAAACUUUUAAUAAAUAUUACUUUUUAAAAAAGGUAAUAAUUAUAAUGUUAUUAUUAGUACCCUGCCCAUCUGACCGUGUUGCCCAAGCCGCCUACAUCACAGGGUUGUUAUGGAGAUUAAAUGACAAGGGGAAGAACGAUGUGUGCCGCUUCAAGCUGCUUGGAGGAAAGGCGGGAUGCAAAUGAAACAACAACAACAACAACAACAACAACAACAACAACAACAACAACAACAACUUUAUUUAUAUGCCAUCCACCUGACUGGGUUGCCCCAGCCACUCUGGGUGGCUUUCAGCAAAGUAUUAAACUACAGUAAAACCUCAAACAUUAAAAACUUUCCUAUAGAGGGCUGCCUUCAGAUGUCUUCUAAAAGUCAGAGAGUUGUCUAUAUUAUUGGUUUUAUUUAGAGCAUAUUCUUCCCACCCUUCCAGGAAUUCUGGGAACUGUAGUCUGUUUGGAGUGCUGGGGAUUGAAGCUUUGUGAGGGGUGAACUACAGUUCCCACAAUACUUGGAGGUGGGAAUAUGCUCUAAAUGUAGGGUGGGGUGCAGCUUUAAUUUCCACCUUGACUGGCCACAUGGUUUGAAACCAGGAUGGUCUCAAUUCUCUUCCCUGCUGCAUCAUCUUCUUUAAAGAGGGCAAAGCUCCAAAGUGGGGCUUGGAGGAAGCAACCGGCACAGCACUAGCAGAGGCAGAGGUGCCCCAACCAUGGGGCAAAGUAAGGCAACUGCUACAGGUGCUGGAGAGGAGUGGCAGCAGGCCCCAUCCCCAGACUGUCCUUUCUAAGCCCCCUGGCCACCCCCCUCUGAAAUAUACUCGGAGUCGAGAGUGGAUUUCAUGCUCUUUAUUCAGCUCAUAAUGGUGAGGGGGAAUGGAAGUUCCCCCAGAAUGUCUGCUUUAUAUACAUUAUUUACACAAUGGCCCCCAUGUGAUUGGCUAAUUCCGGGAUUCACCUGUAGGCCAAUCAGGUUGCAGAUUCACUUCCACCUGGAGCUGGAUUGGGUGGCUCCUGUGGACCAAUCAGACUGCUGCAUUCUGGACCCUAUUGUUCUAGGACCAAUCAGACUGCUGCAUUCUGAAUCCUAUUGUUCUAGGACCAAUCAGACUGCUGCCUUUUGGAUCCUAUUCAACUCAGUACAUAACUGAGGGCAGGUGUAUGUAUGCUCCCUGCCUCCCUCCACCUCCCCAACCGGUCCUGCUGCCCCCAGAUGUGCUGGAGGAUGCACUUAGCAUCUCUAGUAUUUGAGUGAGCUUCAUCUGACAGUCUGCUUGGCUUCUGUCUGAGGAAAGGCUGGGGGGGGGGUGUCAUGCCAUUUUGUCCUUCAAACCAGGCUGCAAAAUAUUUAUCCAUUUAUUUCAUCAAAUUUAUACACCGCUUGAUUCUUAACAAAACAACAACUAACAACCUCAAAGCAGUUUACAAAAAAAGAAAGAUAAAGCCAUACAAUUGUCACCAGGAAGAAUUAACGACAAGAAUUUAAAACUUUCAAACAGUUAAAAUAACAAUACGCUAAAAACAGAUUUUAAAAGUGCGUCAACUUUCUUAAAACCCGGACAGACAUGUCUAAACAAUAAUGUUUUUAGCAGGUGGUGAAAAGAAUACAAUGGUGUCAAUAGUCAAGGGAGUUUCAAAGUGUGGGUGCUGCCUCACGGAAAUAACUCGUUCUUACAAAUGUGGAACGGGUAUGACGUAGCAGCUGUGAAAUGCCAGUUCUGCCAACCGAAGCGGUUGUGUGGGCAAGGCGACCUCAGCAGUCUUGGCCAGUCGUGAGAGGAAGGGCACCUUCUGACCAUGUUUGAACACAUGCGGUGCCCACUGAGGUCACAGCCCUCACUUGAAGGAAGGUGGGCAGCAGGAAGACUGGGCUGGACCUCUGCCCAAGAAUCUGCCCCAAAUACUGCCAGAGCAGACCCUCCAAGUGUCCCUUUUUCCAGGGGCAGCCGCAAAUUUACAGAAGCCGUCCCGGUUCCUGGUUCGAUCCAGGAAUGUCCUGCUUUUUCCUUGGGCUGCCCCCAUUUUCAUCGGAAAAACAUUGGAGGGUAUGGAGUUAUGCGACCCCCGAGCCAAGGAGAUAAGUAACUAUACAGUGGUAACUUGGUUCUCAAACUCAACCCGUUCCAUGAAUCUGUUCGACUCCUGAAACUCUUCAAAAACCAAGGUGCGGCUCCCGAUUGGCUGCAGGUGCUUCCUGUGCUCAAGCGGAAGCUGCGGAAGCCGCGUCGGACGUUCAGCUUCCUAAAAGCAUUUGCAAACCGGAACACUUACUUCUGGGUUUGCAGUGUUCAGGAGCCGAUUUGUUCAACAACUAAGCCGUUCAGCAACCAAGGUACCACUGUACAACCUUUAGAAGACAUCUGAAGGCAGCCCUAUAUAGGGAAGAUUUUUAAAAAUGUUUAAUGUUUUAUUGUGUUUUUAUAUAUGUUGGAAGUCACCCAGAGUGGCUGGGGCAACCCAGUCAGAUGGGUGGGGUAUAAAUAAUAGAAUAAUUAUAUGUAUUUAGGAUGUCCCUUGUUUCAUCGGAGAAAUGUUGGCACAUAUGCCAGAGCAGACUGUUCCAGGCCAGAAGGAAACCCUGGUUUGGGCAUAGGAAGCUGCCUUACAUGGAAUCAGACCAUUGGGUCUAUUUGGCUCCACAUUGUCUGCACUGACUGGCAGCAGCUCUCCAGUGUUCCAGGCAGGAGUCUCCCCCAGCCCUACCUGGAGCUGCCGUGGAUUGGGGCCCUUCUGCCCGUGAGGCAGAUGCUCCAUGACUGAGAUACAGCUCUUCCCGUGACUCUGCGUGAGCAUUAAGUUCCAUGAGCCGGUAACUCUUGGAAGAAUUUCAACCUCCCAGGACAUUUGGAGGCAAACAUGAAAGUCAGUCUACCCAAGCAAGUUUCAGCAUGAAGCGAAGUUGGCACUGUGGGCCUUAGGUCCCAGCUAAUCCCGGGAGCGGCUUGCUUGUGACAGAAAAGACCUCUUGAGGUGUUGGUCUAGGUAGCCUAUUGAACUUGCUUUGCUUAUUCAUCGGUGGCUGCUAGGCAGGAGACGGUCACACCCAUACAGACUGAAUUCAGCAUUCUCCAUUUCUGUUCUGCGGAGUACUAGCUGCCACUCCACUUAGAUUUGCAUUUGGCGUGGCUUUCUGAACAACGCCUUUCUUUUUCUGAGGGUCUCAUGAGGGCACAUCGCAUGCCUACAGACCUGGGGGGGCUCCUUCGUAACUGAAAGUAGGGUCUGGAGAGGAAUGGACAGAUCUGUCCUUUUCAAUUUUAAGUUGAUAUUAUCCCAUUUUUGAAUUAUGAUGAUGAUGAUACUAUAAUUCAGUUAUACCCUGCCCAUCUGGCUGAGUUGCCCAAGCCACUCUGGGUGGCUUCCAAAACAUAAAAACAUAAUGAAACAUCAAACAUUACUAGUAACAAUCUGAUCCAACAUAAAAGUCACUAUAGCUUUAAAAUAAACAACUUAUAUCAAACAAAGCAACAAUCCAUCAGAAUCUAAUAGUAAACAGUAAAAUUAAACAUCAGCAAAUAAUAAUUAAACAGUUCAACCACAGUAAAGAAUUACCAGUCUAUAAUCAAUAAAAGUAACAGCAAAUCACAAUGCAUAAAAUACCACAAAACAUACAAAACCAUGUAAAAGGAUCAAACUGAGAAACAAAAGGGCACAACUUAUAAAACUAAUUUUUAAAAAUAUCCCUGAACUCUCUUCCCAGCUGCUGCUUCUGCUGCUCUUAAAGUCAUAGCCUAGGAAAGACUGGGUGGGGAAAGGUAGGGGGAACGCCAUUGCCUGAUGAGGAACAGAAAGUCUCUCUCCCCUCACAAGUUGGCAAACCUCUCUUUUUAAAGCCCAUGUAGAAAAUGGUGCAGAUUUUUGCAUGUACUUCCCCUGAUCCAAUGCAUUUUUUUCAAAGUCAUUUUCAUUAACGUACACAUUUUUUGUAAGCACUUUUCCUCUAAUACUUGCUGUUUAAAAUAUUUUAAUGGCUUGUGGACUGCAUUGCCGCAUUUGGAUAGCUUGAGACUUUGGAGGAAAGCUAUAUUUUGGUUCAGGAAGUACAGAUGAGUAGAUUGCUAUUAAAAAUGUGAGCCCAGUAAAUGCCACCCAACUGCAUGUGGCCCACAAAAUUUUAUGCUGCGAAAAACGUGCCAGCCUUUUCAUGUGCCAGGAGACGCUUUGCUGUGUUUUCUUCAACAGAACUAAAUGAAUCCCUCUCAGAGAUUAAGCCCCCCCCCCCGCCAAAAUCUACAACACUUACCUUUGAAUACAACUACAGUGGUACCUUGGGUUACAUACGCUUCGGGUUACAUACUCUUCAGGUUACAGACUCCACUAACCCAGAAAUAGUACCUCAGGUUAAGAACUUUGCUUCAGGAUGAGAACAGAAAUUGUGCUUCAGCAGCGCAGCGGCAGCAGGAGGCCCCAUUAGCUAAAGUGGUGCUUCAGGUUAAGAACAGUUUCAGGUUAAGAACGGACCUCCGGAAAGAAUUAAGUACUUAAACCGAGGUACCACUGUACAGUCUUAAUGAGCGAUCACGGAGUCCAGCAAACAGAAAGAACUUUUAUUAUAAGUUUUGUUCAUAAUUGUGGUGGUGGAGACAUCUGGUGGACAUUUCCGAAGCAAAAAGACAGCAGCCAGCUUGAAACACCUGGCCUGCAUUUUCUAGGCUCUUUACAUCAGUGGUUCCCAAAGAGGGUGGCACUGCCCCCUAGCAGAUGCUGGGAUUCCCCUGGGGGGUGCGCGUUGUGCUAAGAGGCAAGGGGGCGACAGGAAGGCACUGGAGGUGUAAAUGACAAUCAGAGGUCCUGUUUGCAAAAAGCUGGUAUGACUGGAUCAAGUUUAUUUUGUUGAAAUUAAACUAGUUGUUAAAAAAAAAAAGUGCAAUGAAUUGUUACUGUUUUGACUUUUAUUGUGUUCUUAUCUUCCUUGAAGGGUUAUGCAAACCACUAUUCUGAAGAGUGGUUUUUGUGGAGAAGGGUAGGAGUACAGUUUAUGGAACCAGGGGUGGGGUGGGGUGGCCCUCAAAAAGUUUGGGAACCACAGAUCUACACUGCCUGUUCACUCUGCAUCCAGGGUGCUGGUUACACAAUGUAAGCAGCAAUCUGGAUCUAUUCUGUUGUUUCUUACGAAAUGCUGCAUUUUCAUGUGUUUAUACCCAAAUCAGCUGUGAUCCAAAUUGAGACAAAGGAUGCCCUGGCUGCAACUUAAGUUGGGAAUGGGUGCACAGUCCUAGUUUACGUUCUUUGAAAGCUUUUAAUCAGCCUUCAAGAACCCACGAAAGUUGCAAAAUUAAUCUCCAGAGGUCCUGUUUGCAAAGCAGGCAUCACCGUGCCUUUGUCGUUGUUGCUGGAGCUCCCUAGCCCCCUUCUCCCGCUUAGGACUAUCGAGGUUGGCUGUGAACUAUGCAAGUUGUAGCAAAUUUGGCUCAUCUCCAGUUUGUUGGCUGUCCUCCUGCAGGUUUUCCGAGAGAAGGGCAUUCUUUUUGGGUACCGUCACCCAAGAAGUUCCGCAACAGAUUGCAUUGUCAGCCUUUUCCAAAUGACAAAUGAAACUGUGAAUAUCUGGACGCAUUUUCUGCCUGCCUGGUAUGUGAUGAUCUGUCUGUGCACUUGAAAUAUAUAAAAGAAGGAGCUGUGUUCCUUGACAAUGGCCUCAAAGGAGCUGUGGGCUUUUGAUUUAAGGGGUGGGACGUGGGUGGCGCUGUGGUUUAAACCACAGAGUCUAGGGCUUGCCAAUCAGAAGGUCGGCGGUUUGAAUCCCUGCGACGGGGUGAGCUCCCGUUGUUCGGUCCCUGCUCCUGCCAACCUAGCAGUUCAAAAGCACGUCAAAGUGCAAGUAGAUAAAUAGGUACCAGUCUGACGGGAAGGUAAACGGCGUUUCUGUGCACUGCUCUGGUUUGCCAGAAGCAGCUUUGACAUGCUGGCCACAUGACCCGGAAGCUGUCUGAAGACGAACACCGGCUCCCUCAGCCUAUAUAGAGCGAGAUGAGUGCACAACCCCAGAGUUGUCCACAACUGGACGUAAUGGUCAGGGGUACCUUUACCUUUACCUUUACCAUUUCAUAAACUCAUAGAAUCAUAGGAUUGUAGAGUUGGAAGGGACCCUGAGGUUCAUCUAGUCCAGGGGCCGGCAAACUUUUUCAGCAGGGGGCCGGUUCACUGCCCCUCAGACCUUGUGGGGGGCCGGACUAUAUUUUGAAAAAUAAUAUGAACGAAUUCCUAUGCCCCACAAAUAACCCAGAGGUGCAUUUGAAAUAAAAGCACACAUUCUACUCAUGUAAAAACAUGCUGAUUCCUGGACCGUUCGCGGGCCGGAUUGAGAAGGCGAUUGGGCCAGAUCCAGCCCCCGGGUCUUAUUUUGCCUCCCCAUGAUCUAGUCCAAUCCCCUGCAGUGGAGGAAUCACAGCUUAAAGAAUCCCUGACAGACGGGCCUCUAACCUUUGUUUAAAAACAAACCACCACCUUCCAAGGGGCUCCGUUCCACUGUCAAAGAGCUCUUACCGUUCAGAAGGUUCUUAAUGUAUAGUUGGAUUCUCUUGUAAUUUUAAUCCAUCACUUUGGGUCUUGCCCUCUGGAGCAGCAGAAAACAAGCUUGCUCCAUCUUCCAUGCAACAGCCCUGCAGAUAUUUGGAGAUAGCUAUCAUUUCUCAGGGUUCAUCCACACUUCCUUUGUGCCGUGCUAGGCACAGGUCUGGGAUUUACAGGUCAGUCUCUGAGCGGGGUUUCCCCCCCCCUUUCCCCCAGAGAUCCCAUGUUUUACUGCUGAAUCGGAGACCCCAUGAACUUUGCUCCAUUCAGUGGUAAAACAUGGGUUUUCCUGGGGAAGGCAGCGGAAGAAAAAAAACCUGCUUGGACACAGAUUUGGAAAUCCCGGACCUGUGUCUAGAAACGCAGGACAGAAUGCAGCAGUAACCCCCCCCCCCCGAUCAAGUAAAUCAAUACAAAUAAUUAACUAAAUUAUUUAAUUAACUAUUUAAAUUAUUAACUAUUAAAUAAUUUAUUAUUAACUAUUAUUAUUAACUAUUAAAUAAUUAACUCUUUCAUAGCACUGGAACUUGUGGACACGCUAUGAAGCUGAAUGUAGGAAGAUUCAGGCAGAGGAAAAAAAGAAAGGUUGUCCCCACGCAGCACAGAAUUAAACUAUGGAACUCUCUCCCACUGGAGGCAAUGAUGGCCACAAACCUAGAUGCCUUUAAAAGAGGAUUGGACAAAGUCACAGAGGAGAGGGCUAUUGAAGCUGCUAGCCAUGAUGGCUAUGCUUUGCUGCCACGGUUGUUGGCAGCGAUACUUCUGAAUGCCAGUUGCUGGAAACCAAAAGGAGGGGAGAGGGCUCUUGUGCUCGAAUCCUGCUUGUGGGCUUCCCAUUGGGGCAUCUGGUUGGCCAGUAUGAGAACAGGAUGCUGGACUAGAUGGGCUACUGGCCUGACCCAGCAGGGCUCUUCUUACAUUCUGGUUAAGUUCACCCCAUGCUCUAAACACCUCCGUGCACAUCUAGUCACUUGCAAACAAUAAGGCCACCACGUUCUCUCUGCAGCAGCUGCCAAAGCACCAAGAAUUACUCAAGGAGCAACAGCCAGCCGCUGGAGGAGGGGGGGGGGAUUAGCAUCGUGGCCUCAGGUAAUCUCAACGAAUGGGCUUGCUUGGGAUGGGCACACGCACCCUGCAAUGACAGCUGUCACUUAAACAGAAAGGAAGGGGAAUGAAUACAUUACCGGAGGUUCCAGCCUGCCUCCAGGAAUAUUACAGGUGGCAUUUAUCGAAUGUGUGGGAGUUACUUAGCAGCUCAAUAUCUUAACCUUGAAGUUGCCUGGGAAGCAAGAUCCUGCUUGCUGGUUUCCCACGGGCAUCUGGGUGACCAUUGGGAGAACAGAAUGCUGGACUAGAUGGGCCCUUGGCCUGACCCAGCAGACUCUUCUUAUCUUCUUAAGGUAAGCUACAAGACUGUUGCUGCUAGCUGAUUGGCUUUUCUGCUUUCUAGGUACUUCCUAUGGAAGCUUUUGGCCUUAGUCUACGCCUUGGAUGUCUGGAGGGACUCAUACACCUGGCCCUUUCUGGCUUACAUGGUCACCUGCUGCAUCUACCCGCUGACGUCCAGCAUCGCUCACACGUUCAGCACCAUGUCCAGCAGGGCCAGGCAUAUCUGCUACUUCUUUGAUUAUGGUGGCCUCGCCCUGUACAGCUUAGGUGAGGAUGCGAGCCAAUGUAUCGGAGCCUUGACUUGAGGUGUGUUCCUUUUGCAGCAGGGAGAUUAUUGCAUUUUUCCUAAUGCGCAAACCGCAGUGUUUUGCCGCCAAGAAAAUGUGUCGUUCCCCACAGAGGGCACCACAGCUGUGGCUCCGAGUGCUGCGGAGAAUGUGGUUGCCUGUGCAUCAUAGGAACAGAGGAAGCGACCUUGUAAGUAAGCAAAGCAAUUUGGGCUUGUCCACACUUAGAAGGCACAGGGUCGAGUGGUUUCCUUUUUGCCCCGCUCCUUCCCCAGGGAAAAGCCGUUCUUUGGUGCUAAUUCAGAGCAAACAUCAAUCUGGACAAAACCCAAAUUGCUGUUUGCUUCAAUUGAGCUCUAAAGAGUGGUUUUUCCUGGAGGAAAGCAGCAGGACAAGAGGAAGUGAGGGCAAGCCCUUAGUCCAUCUAGCUCAGGACUGUCUACACUGACUGGCAGCAGCUCUCUAAGGUUUCAGGCUGGGGUCUCUCCUAGAAAUGCUGCCAGGAAUUGAGCCUGGGACUUCUUAGUUUGUGAGUGGUCCCAUUUUGGUUAGAAAAAGAUUGCCAUGCGCCACACAAGUUUAGCAUUGGGGGGAAGCGGUGAGGUGUCCGUGGAAACGCAGGUUGUCUGAUAGAGUUGUGGGGUCUGCUUUAUCCCUUUAGGCUCCGCCAUUGCUUAUUCUGCCUACGUUUUCCCCGAAGAAUGGAUUGGCAGCACAUUCCACCAUUACUACGUCGCCACUGCUGUGCUCAACACAGUCGUGGGCACAAGCCUUUCCUGCUAUUCCAGGUAUUGACAGCUUCCUCUCUGCAAUGGGAAUGCAGCUCGGAAUGUGCCAUCCUGGGUUGGGGAGAAUAAUAUUUAUUCUGGAACUGAGUCAAUUACACUAGAAAGCAGCCCCCCCCCAACGAAAUAUAUAUUUAUUUUCUAUUUCAAUAGCACUAUAAAUAUCAGACCACAAUUCCGAUCAGCCCCAGCCAGCAACCUUUGCCAACCUGGUGCCCUCCAGAUGGCAGUGACCUCCCAUCAUCCCUGAAGGGCUGGAGCUGAAGGGAGUUGGAGACCAACAACAUCUGGAGGUGUCAUGUUAGCUAACCCUUACGUAGAUGGUGAUUUCCUGUGUAACACAAGGAAAUAAAUACAGUGGUACCUCGGGUUAAGUACUUAAUUCGUUCUGGAGGUCCGUUCUUAACCUGAAACUGUUCUUAACCUGAAGCACCACUUUAGCUAAUGGGGCCUCCCGCUGCCGCCAUGCCGCCGGAGCACGAUUUCUGUUCUCAUCCUGAAGCAAAGUUUUUAAACCCGAGGUAAUAUUUCUCGGUUAGCGGAGUCUGUAACCUGAAGCAUCCAUAACCUGAAGCGUAUGUAACCCAAGGUACCAUUGUAUAGGGCUCCCACCUCAAGGGAUUUUAUGAUAUGUGAGUAGUGAGGGAGGAUGGUACCUGAAUAAAUUCAACACUCUGGGCUGGACUUGAUACUGCCUCUCCCUGAUCCACCUGAUACAUGUCAGGGGAAGGACAAUAAGCCUCCCCCCACAUCGUCUAGUGUGCCCACCACAUUUCUGAUGAGCCCGGUUGAGGGUGAUGAGGUAGCAUUCAAAUACAGGGGAGAUCUCAGCCUGUCAGAGGUGGUGAGCAUACUGAGUCGGGUGAUGCUUUGUUAAGAUUGGAUCAGGGAGAAGCACUGGUAUAUACUCAUUUUCAAAGUGAUGAGGCUGGUUUGCAGGUGGUUGGAAUAGAUCAGCCUUUCUCAACCUUGGGUCCCCAGAUGUUUUUGGCCUACAACUCCCAUCAUCCCUGACCACUGGUCCUGUGAGCUAGGGAUCAUGGGAGUUGUAGGCCCAAACUUCUGGGGACUCAAGGUUGAGAACCACUGGAAUAGAUGAUGCUUUGGUUCCCUUGCAACUCUCCAAUUCUAUUAUUUUAAUUAGGUGGAAUGUACCUUUUUUUAAAAGAAAAAAGUCAAUACUUGUGGACAUUGCCUGCAUAAUCAGAACAAUAAAGCCAACUAGAUGGCUUUAAAAGGGGAUUAGACCCAUUCAUGCAUGGGGUGCCAACUUUGAUAAAAUAUUGGGGUGGUGGUGGUAAGCUCCACCCUGCAUAAUUGAUCAUGACAUGGUGCACACACCCCAUUUGAAUGGCAAUGUUAAUCAACCUUUUGAGGGCUGGUCCUCUCAAAUAUUGUGGGGGGGGGGCACGCGAAGGGACCUGAGCCUAUAGAAGUUGGCUCCUAUGUUCAUGGAGGAGAAAGCUGUUGAUGGCUAUUAGCUACAAAAACUAUGCCUCCACAGUUGGAGGCAGCAAUGUUUCUGAAUACCAGCUGCUGGAAACCGCAGGAGGGGAGAGAGCUCUUGUGCUCAGAUCCUGCCACUGGGCUUCCCACUGCAGCAUCUGGUUGGCCACUGUGAGAACAGGAUGCUGGACAAGGUGGGUCAUUGGCCGGAUCCGGCAGACUCUCCUUAUAUUCUUAUUCAAAGCACUGAGUUAGGCUAGACUGGCAAUAAGAUACAUGCCAUUUAUACAAGCAUGUCCAAGUAUUUAUUUCUGCAUCCAAGCAUUUUUCUCAUGCGAACUUACUGUGUGUAACCAACAGGCUCGGCCUUCCCUAUUUCCAUUAUAAGAGUGGCGGCAUAGAAAGGUAACAUGGGCCCCUCUCAAUUGAGGUGUAGAUUGGAAAGCAGGCAGGAGACACUAACAACCAAAACAGUGAUUCCACCUAAUUGACGACAGUUGGUGGCUAAUAGUCAAUAUGUCACCCAUGUCAAUACGGACUCUUAAUUGGGAACAAAUCAGUCUUCUUCCAAUACUAACCCAGGUGCCUAAUCAGUGAUCACAGUGGUGGUGGUGAUAGCUAAUAUCAGCAGCUGCUUAAAGGUGCAAAGGGAAAACAAGACAUUGAUAAUGAUAAUGAUACAUUUCUGAAGGCUUCCUUUUAGUCCAAAGGUCAGCUGGCUUUGCUACAUCCUUUGGCAUGUACUUUUCAUUUUAAUUUUCACUUUCUUUGCCCACAUCCUGCUGGUGACGCUCUAUCCCGUGUUUUCCAUGCAUUCUGCCAAACAGAUGACCUAAAUCAGGAUGAAGAGGCCUUGGAUUGAUGGUUCAAAAUUCAGGCUUCAUAAAGCAAGUUCCAAGCUUCCAUCAUAGAGAACAGUGAAGUGAGGAUUUUUCUUAGGCUACAUGACUUUUGGCCCACCCUCAGUGAGGGGUGGUUUGGAUACAUCCUGUAAUGUAACAUGUUUGGGCAAUUCAUCAGUUGGGAAACUGCUCACAGGUUCCGUGAUAUGCCAAAAUUGCACAACUGAAGUGGAUGUAGGGUUCUUGCACAAUAAACCCACUUUUUCUUUUUUUAAAAAAACAACCAUAUUUUUUUGGCUAAGAAAAGUGACAGGAGUCCACACUAGAAAGUGUGGUAUAGCGGCAACAUCAUAUAACUUCCGUGCAAUCAGAUCAGAAUUAACGUUAGAUUAACAGUGUUUUAUAGAAACAGAAAUCUGGGUGACGGCUCAACAAAUGGGUCAUCUGUAAGAGCUCAGUGUAAAAUGAAAACAACCAACCGCGCCCACCAAUAAUUAAAAUUAUUUAUUUGAGUUCCAAGUAUUUUCUUUGGCCUCUUGUGCUUUGAGUCUUCCCUUCUUUAUAAGCUUGAAUCAGUUGAGUUGAACGAAGGUUUCCUAACCACCUGAGCAGAAAAAGUCAUUGGGGCUGUGCACAGUAUGGAUUGGUCUGUGCCUAGGCAAUACGGGCAUAGCUUUAGCAUUUUGGUGCCAAGGCAAUGCCAUUCUGGCCCCAAAGCAUGCAGGUCUUGAUGGGAUACACAUCUAAGUAUAAGUAAAUUGCAGAAAUUCCCUCUGUGUCAUGUGAGGAUGUGGAAAGCUUUGAUAAGAAUGGGAGACAAAGCCAAGACCCAUGCCUUACACACUCUGUGUUCUGCAAACCAGACCUGUGCACUGUGGUCAUUCACAUAUAUGUUUUCAAAAUUUAUUCAGGUUCAAUGAAAUGGAGCAGCCAAAGUUCAGCAAAACAAUUCGCACUUUCGCCUUUGCUCAUCCUUAUGUGUUCGACAGCAUCCCUCUCUUCUACAGGGUAUGUAUGGCUUUAAGAAUAGUUUCCCUCAGUCUGCUGUGUUUUUAUACAUAACAUAAUGCAUGGCUGCUGAAGGGUGGUUCUAGGCUGCCACCCUUUCCUGCGAAUAAGGGGGCUUCCUCAUUAUUUCCCAUUUAAUCUGAAUUUGUCCUUUCCAUGGAGAAUCUGAUCAGAAAACGAGUUAAGAAGCACACAUACAGAAACAGUAAAUCCAGAUUAAAAGAAUAAAAAUAUGGGGUGACCUUUCAGAGAGAACGAUAUUAUGUGGGUGCUGAGAACGACUUCCAUGCAUGAACAGUCAGCACUAAAUCCACAAUAAGCUGCUGUGCCCCAAUCCCUAUUAAAUUCAGUGGGGUUUACAUUGUGAGUAGACAAAUAUAGAGUUGUGAUUAUGCUGGAACUUCUAGACUUUCCUACAGUUUCUGGAGGGAGGGCACCAUGCUGGCUAAACAUAACUGGGCUAAACAAGGAGCUUAUAUUGGCCUUCCACAACUUGGUGUUCUCCAGAUGUUUUGGACUACAAUUCCCACCAGCCCCUGCACAUUAUGGCUCUAAUGGCAGGGACUGAAGAGAGCUGUAGUCCAAAGAGCCUGGAGGAAACCAGGUUGAGGAAGGUUAUCUUAUGCUUUCCUUUCUAUGCCACAGCUGUACUUAUGCGCUGCAAGAAGUUGCACGGAGAGCGUAAUUCCAAUCCACCUCAAGCACACUGUCUUUGCCUGCCUCACCUGUUUCCUUUUUGCGACACACCUGCCGGAGCGGCUGGCCCCUGGACUCUUUGACUACAUAGGUGAGGACAACAAGGGGCUGCUCUCCCCCUUGCAGGCCCCGCUGAAAUGAAUGGGGUGGGUGGAUUCCAGCAGAUAUUGGCAACUGAUAACAUAAAGGUGGCUGUUUUAAUCAGCUAUUGUGGCCACACCUGAGAAAGGGAAUAACAGCUGCAAGGAAUUGAGAGCAGCCCUGUUGGAGGAGAGCAACUUGUUCUGGAUUCAGAGAAACAAAGAAACCACUUCAGAGUCAUUAGGAUGCUUGGCUUAUAAUCUCCCAUCCACGGGCAAGUGCAAAACCCCAGAGUUGGGCAGCAAGACACUUUGUAUAAUAAUCCUGAUUAUUACAGAACAACCACCACCAGCAGCACAAUGCAUUGUUAAAUCUAUUACCUGCCCUUCGGCAGUAGGGCAUGUUACAACAAUUUAAAAUUCAGUAAUAACAACUGUUAAAACAAAUUGCAGUCACAGGAAUGAGUCAUACCCUCCAACAUUUUUCUGAUGAAAACAAGGAUGUCACAUUCCAUAAUGAUAAUUUUACCAUUUAUACUCCACACAUCUUUUUGGGUUGCCCCAGCCGCUCUGGGUGGCUUCCAACAUAUAUAACAACAUAAUAAAACAUUAAACAUGUAAACAACUCCCCUAUACAAGGCUGCCUUCAGAUGGUUUGGGGAUUGGACAACUCCAUACCCUCCAACAUUUCUCCACUAAAAAUAGGGACAUCCUAAGGAAAAGCGGGACAUUACGGGAUCAAAUCAGAAACCAGGAAGACAUCUGUAAAUUGGGGAUAUCCCUGGAAAAUAGGGAUACUUGGAGGAUCUGCUGCAAUUCACAAUAACACUGCAUGCAUCUGAUGAAGUAGCUUGUAGUAGCCCAAAAAAGCUUAUUCCGUAGUAAACUUCGAGGGACCAUAAGACUCGUUGUUGAUUUUACUGCAAGGGAGGGAUUGUGCCCCCCCUAUGGAAAUACUGAGUGUUGUAUUCUUUUGAUCUCUCACAGGGCACAGUCACCAGCUCUUCCACAUCUGUGGGAUCAUUGGGACCCACUUCCAAAUGGAAGCCCUUCUGGUUGACAUGGCCAACCGCCGUGAGUGGCUGCUGGCUCCAUCCUUCUCUCAAACCUUUGGGUCCCUUGCAGCUGCCAUCAUUGUCAAUCUUAUCAUCAUUGCUGCUUUCUCAACGACGCUUUAUUCCAUGCCAAAAUUCUUCAGGAAAGGAAGCAAGCACAAGGACUAACGCCUGUUGAAAUCAAAAUGAAAUGAAAUUAUAUUGCAGUUAACAGUAGGCGUACAACACAAAUUAGAAACUACUUCAAAUGAGGCUUGGUGAAUAUUAUUUGAGAAGUGACUUAAAUGAUUCUUUUUUUAUUAUGAAUAUGAUUUGGUAUUGUGGUUUUUCUACAACUUGAGCUGGAAGACUUAACCAAUUUGGGACGUAGCUUUUCAUUUGUUGAUCCUGAUUGACCAUUUAGAAUACCAAGCUGCAAUUCUGAGGACUCUGUGAGAACUCUAAAUAACUUCAGCCACUUAAGUUUGUGCCAGAUUAUUAUUUUUAAAAUAGUGAUUGCAAUUUAACUUAAUGUGCCAGUUUGCACUGAUAACAUAGAAAUGUUGGCCACCUUUCAUGCCAAAGCAGCCACAGUGGCCUUUUAACAUAAUUCCAUGCAUUUUUAUGCUUUAUUUGAAAUGACAAGCACAUGUAACAUUCCUAUCACAAAAAACUAAUGUACAUACCUUUCUAAUUCAGAAACUUGCAAUGAAAUAAUAUGAGGUUUCUUUGAAAUUAUAUAUAUUAAGAAGUUUAUAUUUUUGUAAAUAGCCUCUGCUGGGGUAUCACACAAGCACUUUUUGGUAACAGUAAAUGAAGCUAUUGUGGAAUAAAUGCCCUUUUGAAAGGUACAUUCAACCUGCACCCAAAGAUUUUGCUCUUUAUUUUAAAGCAUCCUUUACCAAGCUAGUACAGACGAAACAUUUAGAGGGU